AUGGAAGACACUUAUAAUAACAGGACUUCACUGGCCAAAGGGGCAAAAGACAUGGUAAAGGAGGCCAAACGCCAUGCAACAAAGAAAGUCAAUAAGGUGGUGGACCGCGCAACAGACGAGUACUCAACUCACCACAACUACAGCCGAUUCCAAGACGAGGAAGACGAGGAUGAGGACUUUUACCGCAAUCCACCGAGACGGGAUAAGGAAAGUUACCCUGACAAUGAGGAAGGCUCCAGUGAUGCCACGGAGGGCCACGAUGACGAGGACGAAAUCUAUGAGGGCGAGUACCAGGGGAUCCCGUCAGCAGGAGAUGGCAAACAUAAGGAGGGCCAGGUGGCACUGGGCCAGCCGGUGUCAGAUGCCACACGGGAUCGUAAGGAGCUGGAGCAGGAGAGGCAAGCCGAUGAGGAGGAGCUGGCCCAACAGUACGAGCUGAUCAUCCAGGAGUGUGGACAUGGGAGGUUUCAGUGGCAGCUGUUCCUCGUGCUUGGCCUGGCGCUCAUGUCAGAUGGAGUAGAAGUGUUUGUGGUGGGCUUUGUGCUGCCCAGUGCAGAGACGGACAUGUGCGUGCCUGACUCCAGCUCAGGAUGGCUAGGUAGUGUUGUUUACUUGGGAAUGAUGGUCGGGGCUCUCUUCUGGGGCGGGAUGUCGGACAAAGUUGGCCGCAGACAGUGUCUUCUGAUUUGCAUGUCCACGAACGGGUUCUUUGCCUUUCUGUCAUCUUUUGUCCAAGGAUACGGCUUCUUCCUGCUUUGUCGUCUUAUAGCAGGCUUUGGGAUAGGAGGCGCUGUGCCCAUCGUGUUCUCCUUCUUUGCAGAGGUGUUGUCCAGGGAGAAAAGAGGGGAGCACCUCAGCUGGCUGUGCAUGUUCUGGAUGAUAGGGGAGAUCUAUGCAUCAGCUAUGGCUUGGGCCAUCAUCCCACACUAUGGCUGGAGCUUCAGCAUGGGUUCAGCGUACCAGUUUCACAGUUGGAGGGUGUUCGUGGUGGUCUGUGCCCUCCCCUGCGUCUGUGCUGUGGUAGCUCUCACCUUCAUGCCUGAAAGCCCAAGAUUCUACCUUGAGGUGGGGAAGCACGACGAAGCCUGGAUGAUCCUCAAACAGAUCCAUGACACCAACAUGAGAGCACGAGGGCAGCCGGAGAAAGUUUUCACUGUAAACAGGAUUAAGGUUCCCAAACAACUUGAUGAACUGGUGGAAAUGGAAUCAGAGUCUGGAAACCCAGUUUCCAAAGUUUUCUUCAGGAUAAAAGCAGAAAUAAAUGGGAUCUACCAUAACCUCAUCAAGUGUUUCAACUACCCCAUGAGGGAGAACAUGGUGCGUCUAGCCACAGUGUGGUUAACACUGUCAUUUGGGUAUUAUGGUUUGUCAGUCUGGUUCCCUGAUGUUAUCAAACACCUCCAGGCUGAUGAGUACGCCUCUAAAGUGAAGAUACACAACAAUGAACGCAUUGAAGACAUAACCUUUAACUUCACCCUGGAGAACCAAAUACACAAAAAUGGCCUUUUCAUUAAUGACAGAUUCAUCAGCAUGAAGCUAAAAUCUGUCACCUUUCUUGAGUCAACCUUUCGAAACUGCUACUUUGAGGAUGUGACAUCGGUGGGCUCCUUUUUCCGUAACUGCACUUUCAUCGAUGUAUCUUUCUUCAACACAGACAUCGAUGACUCCAAGUUGAUAGAUGGCACUGAGGUGAUCAACAGCACCUUUGUCCACAACAAGACAGGAUGUCAGAUAACAUUCGACGACGACUACAGUGCAUACUGGGUUUACUUCAUCAACUUCCUCGGCACCCUGGCUGUCCUGCCCGGAAAUAUCGUCUCUGCGCUGCUUAUGGACAAAAUUGGCCGACUAUCCAUGUUGGGAGGUUCCAUGGUUCUCUCAGGCAUCAGCUGUUUUUUCUUGUGGUUUGGCACCAGUGAGUCCAUGAUGAUCUUUAUGCUGUGCCUUUAUAACGGUCUGAGUAUCUCGGCCUGGAACUCUCUAGAUGUGGUGACGACUGAGUCCUUCCCCACUGUCAGGAGAGGAACAGGUUUUGGGUUCUGCAAUGCUCUCUGUAAACUGGCUGCCGUCAUGGGAAAUUUAAUUUUUGGUUCUCUGGUCGGCAUCACCAAGGCCAUCCCUAUCCUGAUGGCCUCGUCCGUGCUGGUUGGUGGAGGCCUGGUUGGACUCAGGUUACCAGACACCAGGGCAAAUGUUCUAAUGUAAUACCAGCUUCAUUCACUGUGGUUUAACCUGGAUGGAAGCUGGGUCAGUCCUCGGUGUUAGGUAAGAAAUGCAAUUGUCUUGGUUUAGACAGUACCACCAGGAAUGACAUAAUAUUAUUAAUAAUAUGAUAAUAUAUCUUAGCUAAAGUAAGAACACAUCCCAGUUUUUGUGCUUUUCAUUACAGUUUUUUUCCCAUUAACUUCCAAAUAAGGCAAGUGAGAGAAGGAUGUUGGAAACUGUCAUCUAUAAUGCUAUACUGAGUUAAGUAUAAGUGCAAAGUAUUAAAUAUUGAUGGUGUCUUAUUAAGAAAAGCCAGAUGGGGUGAAAAGUGAGAAAUAGUCUUUAAUGAGCAAAGUCAACCUGCUGUUAGACAACUCUAGAAUUUGAUGAUCAGACGAAGCAGACACUGGAGACACCAGUGUGACAGCUGUUCACCCUCAGGAGCCACAUUCACAGGGUGUGUUAUCAACACUGCAGAGCAGGUCAACAAUCCUGUAAUAAAAUGCAUGUUUAUUUAAAUAUACAGACAGUGCUGACAUACACAUAUACUGUUCAGCAUGCACCAUCAACUUUCAAAUUGUGUUUAUACUGAGUAAAACAUCAGACCUUUUGCAUUUCAGGCCCAAUCAAAAAUCAACAUGGAAACCUGCAUUUUCAUGUUCAAUAAUAGAAUACAUAUAUUUUCUGUUACCUGUGGGGAUUUGGAUUUAUUUUUAGCUAAGUUAUUGUAAUGUUCUUUUGUUUAUUUCAACUGUGUGUGUGUGUGUUUAUGCGACUUUGUAGGUCCUGGAUCUUACUAGUGACAUUAAUGAUGUUAACAAUGUGUCAUGCUUCCUUAAGAAACAAAAACAAACUGAAUGGCCUUUUUUCAAGAUGUGCCUAUUUGACUGGAGCAAUCUGCCCAUGGUUGGAAGUGAAAUGAAAGUUAGGAGAUGAGAUUUUUGGUGAAAAUGUAUGAAAUAUAUUUUGGUUUUAAUGCUUAAAAUAACAUCUGUUUAAAUGGUUAACUGUUGUAUGUAUUUCUUUUGAAUAACAUUUAUAUUGUUGUGCUUACAAGCCAACUCUACUCCCUUAAAACAAGGGUACCAAACUCCAGGCCACUUAUAGCAUGCAAACCACCAAAAUGUGGCCAGCUAGAUGUCAGUAUAAUGUAGUCUGACCCCCUGCUUUUAGUCUUUGACCCUUCAAUGAGAUGACAGGGGCAACACUGGCCCGCAGCUCACCUGAGUUUGAGACCCCCCUGAAACUACUAUGUUAAAUAAUGUGAUGGAAAUUAUGAUUUGAUUCUAUAGUUAUAUUUCAACACUGCAAAUUAAUAUUGUAAAUAACAAUAAACAGCAAUUCGUGCCAAUCAUGCUUAAACAUAUAUUUUAUAUAAAAAUCAAUUUAAGUCAUAGAUGUUACUUUUGAAGAUGCAUAAAGAUUAGUUAACAUUUGUCAAUGUGUUUAUGUUUUUUCUAUAAAAAAACACCUUGCCUAAAUGAUCACUGUGUCAUUUGAGUCACCCAAACAUUUAACACACACACACACACAUAUAUAUACAUACAUAUAUAUGUGCUCUGGAGCUUCAGUUACAGAUAUUAUGUUUUCCCUCUGUAUGGAGUACGGCUCUUAAAAAUAAUUUAAAAUAAGCUUUGAAAGAGCUGGUGCACAUAUGCAUUCAUUACUUAUAUAGCCAUUUAUCUCAUAUGUCAUAUUAUUUGCAGCAGCAAAUACAUGUUGUAUUGCUUUUGUGCAAUAAAUAUUUUUGAUCAAACCAAAUACACUGAUCACUAAAACAAGACUUUUGUUCCAGCUUCCACUUACAUUAAAAUACAAUGGAAAAACAGACAUUAUACAUGUCUCUGGUUAAGCUCUUGCUUCUCUUCAUAGAAAAGGUGAAUUUUGUUCUUUGUUUUUGGUUAUGGUUUUUGCAGUGUUGCUGAUGUAUUGUAUAUGUAUGUGUGACCAUGCAAGUGUGUAUUUAAGGAAAAGUCGUACUGUAUGUACAGUAAGUGUGGAUCUACAUGUGGACGCAUGAAUAUAAAGAUAAUGUACAUAUCAAAGCUGAUAUCAGUGAAUUCCUGAGUUAGCUGUAUGUAAAAACUCUUUGUGUGUUUCCUUCUGUGGCCCAAAUGUUCCAUCUACUGUAUCUGUCCGUGUCUGUUUUUGGAUUCAGAAUCCUCUCAACCUGCUGCUGCGUGUGUGUGUAAAUUCACGUGCAUGCAUGAAUAAAAACCUCUCUUUGUUUUUGUGCAUUUUUUGUUAUACUGUAAACAUUACCGGAAUAAAAUUAUGGCAAUAUUGAUGUUAUUGUUGAGGAGAAAUGUGAAUGUAUCACUCUUGUUGGUUUUGUUGAUUAAUUUUUGGAGGUGAUUCAGUGUAUGUGGAAAUAAAAAGUGUGUGUAUAUCAUUGUAAAGACCCUGUUAGUCAUUGGAUGACUGACCUGUACUGUCAGGGUCUGUAAGUGUGAAAAUAUGUGAAAAAAUAUUUGCCAAAUCACGGUCUGUGAACUAUGUGUAAAACUGGAAAGGCAGGGACUGCAGACUGUGCUGCAUAUAAACAAUAAUAUAAAAUAUAUACAAUAAAAGUUAUGUUCUC